UCUCUAGCCUCCUCUCUGCAUUCCCCCCCAAAGAAGUUUAGAGAGAUUAAAAAUGGGUGUGAGGGUGGUUUGCUUUUCUUUUGUAUAAUGAGAAGGGGAUUGAAACCUCUUCUUCUUAGAAGAAGAUGGCAAUGAACCAAAAUGAGCCACUGAAUGAGCAAAGCAAUUCAUUCUUGUUGGAUGAUGCUUUGUUCUGUGGAGAAGAAGAGAAAUGGGAGGAGGAAGAUGAAGUGAGUGAGGUGUACAAUGGUGAUGAUGACGAAAUAAACAACAGUAAUGACUACAGUGUUAAUGGAAAAACCCAAAACAACAACCCAUCUCUGUUUCCUCUGCUUCUGUUGGAGCAAGAUCUGUUCUGGGAGGAUGAGGAGCUUCUUUCUCUCUUCGUCAAAGAACAGCAGCAGCCGAGAACCCAUCUGAACGACGCCGCUCUGGUGGCGUGUCGCCGUGAGGCGGUGGGUUGGAUGCUCAAAGUGAAUGCCCAUUAUGGAUUCACAGCUCUCACUGCAAUCCUAGCCGUGAACUACUUCGACAGGUUCAUCUGCAGCGUCCAUUUCCAGAGAGACAAGCCAUGGAUGGUUCAGCUCGUCUCUGUUGCUUGCAUCUCUGUGGCGGCCAAAGUGGAAGAGACCGAAGUGCCUCUUCUUCUAGACCUUCAAGUGGAGGAUACCAAGUAUGUCUUUGAGGCCAAAACGGUUCAAAGAAUGGAGCUUUUGGUGCUCUCAACUCUUCAAUGGAGGAUGCACCCAGUGACUCCAAUCUCUUUCCUUGACCACAUCAUAAGAAGGCUUGGAUUGAAGACAACUCUUCAUUGGGAGUUUCUGAAGCGCUGUGAGAGUGUGCUUCUGUCUUUGGUCUUGGAUUCAAGAUGCAUUGGUUAUCUCCCUUCUGUUUUGGCUACUGCUACAAUGAUGAGGGUCAUAGAACUUGUUGAGCCUUGUAAAGCUGUGGCAUACCAAACCCAACUUCUGGGGGUCCUCAAAAUAAGCAAGGAGAAGGUGAAUGACUGUUAUACCCUCAUCCUUGAGAUGUCAAACUAUGGCUGCAAGAACAACAACCCUCUUAAACGCAAGCAUGAGCAAAUCCCAGGGAGCCCAAAUGGGGUGAUUGAUGCAUACUUCAGUUCCGACAGCUCAAAUGACUCCUGGGCCGCGGGUUCAUCGGUUUCUUUGUCGCCGGAGCCGCAGUUUAAGAAGAUCAGAGCAGAGGCUUCAUCACUCAACAGGCUCAUGGGCAUUGUUGGUAGUCCCUAAUAAAAUGAUCAACUUCCAUUCCUCAUAUUCCUAUUAUCGCAAUUUCACUAUUGGUGCUACUGCAACAAAUGCAAGAACUUUGCUUUAACUUCCGCCAAUGCCCUCCAACACCAGAUGAGAAGAAAGCCAAAGGGGAUUGGAUGGCAUAUUAGAGCAAGAGAGAAGGGACAAGAUCGGGAAAGCAAGAAGAAGAAGAAUCCUCAAUGUAUAUUAUUAUCAAGCUCUUUCUCUUAAUAUUUUCCAUAUCUGUCUCUUCCUGGACCCAUUUGGACAUUAUUUAAAAUAAAUAAAUUUAAACACCAAUUUUGUUUA